CUUUAACAUGUCUUGUUUCUCAUUUCCUCUAGUUCGCUGUGUCUGGAUCAGCCUCGAUAUGAAGUGUCCAAGCUACAGUGAGGAUUCACCAGUUUUAUGCCACAUGGAGAAAGCUGAAACGGACCUCGGUGAGAUGAAGAAGGGCCACACGGUUUCGCCAUGGAUAUCAGCCCCGCGCUCCCCCGUGGCAGCCAACAUCUCCACUCCUGUGGAGGCCAGAAGCAAAGGCCCCCACAAUAAAGAGAACUACCAGAAUAAGCGUCAUUCUCUAGAUGUGGCAUCAGACGACGAGGUGGUUCUCAGCAGUAGCAGCCUAACCGAGGACAGCGGCUACCUUUCCCUACAAAACAGCCAGGUGGAUCACGGGGAUGUGGAUGGCGCGGACUCACUGGAGAGGAGUGAAGAGAAAUGCGUGUCCUCUCAGUCAUUGGCCGUGAAGUGUCAUUCUGCGCCCUGUCUGCCCGUGUUGAAGUUUCAGGAGGAGGUGUGCAGAGAGCUGGCUAAAGGCUUUCAAAAGAGCAAAAGUUACGACUGGACCGUCGUCGAUAAGGUUGCUGAGAACUAUGGGCUGAAUAAUGUGAUCGGUGGGAAGAUGGGACGGCAGUUUGUGGACAUCCUUUGCGGCCUGUUGAGGAAAGACAUGAGGCAUAUCCUUGCCAGGAUAUUGGGCCUGUUGGGAGAUUGUGACUUAGUGAGCUGUAAAAAAGUGAGCCAGACGUGGCGGAAAAUCAUUUGUGAAGAUCAGGUGGCCCUUCGGCGCUGCAGAGAAGCAGAAAGAACGUUAAGGUACGUGUUGGCUCUGUUGCCUGUAACUGCUGUUGGCGAGUUCUGUCCAUGUCAAGUCAAGUCAAAGCCUGCUCCAGUCCAUGAAUCUGCUCCAGAGCCUGCUCAAUUCCCAGAACUCAGUCCUGUGUUGGUGCCAGCCUGUGAGUUUCCUGUUUGUCCUGUUUUGACCAUGGUGGUCACACGUGAACCUUCUGCCAGUCAUGUCACAGCCAAAGAGGCCGUCUCUGAACUCUCUGCCUGUCCAGUCAUGGCCAAGGAGGUCAUCCCUGGACCCCUUGCCUGUUAUGCUACAGCCACCGCGGCCUUUCAAGGAUUUGAAAUCUGCCUGUCAUGUCGUGGCUAUGGUGGCUGUUCACAAACUCUCUGCCAGUCAUGCUAUGGCCACUGA